GAAAAUUCACAGUCCUGAAGCUUAUCAGGCUGUGCAGCUAAAUUUGGGGUUGCGCUUUGAAUCUUGCCUGCUGUCACCAUGAGCUGUGGCACCAAAUCUUCGAGCAGUACCAUGAGAAUUAGCAGUGGAGGUGGUGGUGGUGGUGGUGGAAGAUGCAGUGGUGGAGGUGGUGGAGGGGGUAGGUCUGGUGGAUACUCCUCCAUGUCCUCACGAAGAUACACCUCCUCUGGAGGCAGCGGGGGCUUUUCUGGGAGAAGCUUUGGUGGAGGAGGCUCCAGGAGCAGCUAUGGAGGGGGCUUUAGCAGCGGCAGCUGCGGGAGGAUUAGCCGCAGUAGCUACGGUGGGAGAAUGAGUGGUGGUAGUUACGGAGGAGGAAUGAGCUGUGGCAGCAUGGGAGGAGGAUUCGGAUCAGGAGGAGGYGGAUUUGGGGCAAUGGGAGGUGGUUAUGGAGGUGGUGGAUACGGUGGAGGUGGAUUCAGUGGCUUUGGGGGUAGCGGUGGCUUUGGUGGUGGUGGUGGCAGCUAUGGUGGGGGCAGUUUUGGAGGGAUGGGCUUUGGAGAGGAUUCUGGCUUGCUGUCCACAAAUGAGAAGUUGACCAUGCAGAACCUUAACGAUCGCCUGGCUUCGUACAUGGAUAAAGUGCGACGCUUGGAGGAAGAAAAUGCCCAACUUGAGCAUCUGAUCAGGGAGUGGUACAAAAAUCAAGCUCCCUCUCAGAGCAAGGAUUACAGCCAAUACUACAGGACAAUUGAAGAGCUGCAAAACCAGAUUGUUGGGGCAAAUGUGGACCUUAACAGGAUGCUUCUUGACAUGGACAAYACCAGAAUGACUGUGGAUGACUUCAGACUGAAGUAUGAGACCGAAUAUACUCUCCACCAGAGUGUGGCAAGUGAUAUCAAUGGAUUACGCCCACUUUUGGAUCAACUGACUCUGUCCAGAUCUGACUUGGAGACACAGUUUGAAUCCCUGAAAGAGGAACUCAUCUUCCUGAAGAAGAACCACGAAGAGGAAAUGAGAGGACUGCAAGGCCAGUCUGGUGGRGAUGUCAGUGUGGAGGUCAAUGCUACUCCUGGCAUUAACUUAAUGGAAAAAUUGAAUGAAAUGAGGUGCGAGUAUGAGAGACUCAUCGAGAACAACCGGAAGGAGGUGGAAAGCUGGUAUGAAACCAAGAUGGAAGAAGUUAAUCAACAAGUCCACACAAGCGGCCARGAGAUCCAAUCAAGCAACCAACAGAUCUCUGAGCUGAGACGUGAAUAUCAGAGCCUGGAAAUCGAGCUGCAGUCACAGAUCAGCAUGAUAGACUCUCUGCAAUCCAACCUGGAAGACACGGAACGUCGCUACAACAUGCAGCUGCAGCAGAUCCAGGCCAUGAUCGCGCCCUUGGAGGAGGAGCUGGCCAGCAUYCGCUGUGAGAUGGAGAGCCAGAACGAGGAGUACAAGAUGCUGCUGGGCAUCAAGACCCGCCUGGAGCAGGAGAUUCAGCAGUACCGGGCACUGCUGCARGAGGGGCAGCAGGACCUUGUAAUCCCAUCAGGAGGAAUGGGAGGAGGCAUGGGAGGUGGUAGAAUUGGAGGUGGUGGUUAUUCUGGAGGAGGAAGAGGAGGAGGUGGCAGCAUGAGUGGUGGAUAUGGAAGCAGUGGCAGUGGAAUGGGAGGAGGAAGUGGAGGAGGAAUGGGAGGAGGAAGUGGAGGAGGAAUGGGAGGAGGAAUGGGAGGAGGUAGUAGUGGAGGAGGAAUGGGAGGAGGAAGUGGAGGAAUGGGAGGGGGAAGCGGCGGUGGAUGCAUUGGAGGAGGAGGAGGAGGAAGAACCUCCGGAGGCAUCAGCAGUUCCCACUCCUACUCUUCAUCCUCCCAGUCCCAGGCCUGCAGGGGCGGCAGUGAAAGCCAAGGAUUUGCAAGAAAGUCUUUUGACUAACAAUAUACAUCAAGGAUCCUCCAGUGCAAGACCUUCAAAAAGAAACUGGCCCAAAUCCGCUGCAUUGCCCACACUCCCAAGGAAAGAUGAUGCUCUGAACAGUUCCUGGGAGUUGCAGAUGCCACCUCUCCCCCUGCCCUGCAUGCUCUGUGCUGCUUCUGCCCACCACGCUCUGCAGCUUCAGCCAUCAUCACUGGAACUGCUGCUUUACAGAUCCAGCCUGUUAGGUAUUCAGGUUGUUCUGAAUCAGGAAAAUGUCUCUAAUAAAAUUUAAUUUCUGUCUGAUGCAA